AUGAAAGAACUACUCGAACAACUCAGCCAACUGACCAUCAAACUAUUCAUCCUCACCUGGUACUCCCCACUCUCCAACUCACCCACCCCCAAACUACACCAGCCAUUCAUCAGACACAUCAACACUAUCAUCACCACCAGCAAGCUCAGCUGCCAGACAGACACCAUCAUCAGCCUACUCCUACUCCAACUACCACUCACCCUCAACAGACAUCUAGAAUACAUCCAAACCAUCCAAGCACUAACAACAACCGAACAACAUGACUUCAACACCCUCUUCAUCCAGCUCCAUCCACAUCCAGCACUCAUCAAAACCACUACUACCAUCGCAGUCUCACCCAGCUAUCUACGACUGCUCAUCGAAGCCAUCCUCAAGAUCCUCCUGCCCAAGAACGACUACGACUCCGAGCCAGAACGACUGAUCAUCAGGGAGACCAUCCUCAACCAGCUCCUCCUGCCGCUCUUCACCAUCCUCAGCCAACCCAGCCAGAUCCAUCGCCUCCUGCUCACCAACCUAUUAUCAUCUUCCCCAAGAACUCAGCCUGCUGCCCCUCCGCCGCCUCCCCCACAGCAUUCACAUGGCUUCCUCACCCCGAUCAUCCUCCUCCUCAACUCGCUCGGCUCGCUCCUCCUCCAUCUCUCCACCCUCCUCGGCUCCUUCAUCCUCCUCCUCUCCUCCCCCCCGCCCAUCCCUCUCAACCACCAGCUCCUCAAUAACAACCUCCUCUUCCUGCCGCUCCUCGACUUGUCCUUCUCCCUCCUCGGAAAACCCGGCCAUCUGGCCCAACUCUUUUGGCUCCUCAAGAUCUUCGCACGGCUCUUCCAUCGGCUCUUACUCAAGAUCGCAGUACGGGUGUUGUACGACCAUCUCUUGAGUCCCUCGGCGACCACCAAGCACCUGCAAGCCGUCCUGGCGCUGCUGCACUCGCUCGACCAAAGCCCAGCCGCGCCGUCCUCCUCCUCCUCAGAAGCAGGACGGACGGAGAGCUGGACGGACGACGAGAGCCAAGCGAAGCUCGAGGAGCUGCUGGCCUCCUACCUCUCCUCGCCGCUCUUCUUCUACCUCAUCCAUCCUCACCCUCCAAUCCUAAGCAACAAUAUCGACCCACAGGAGCAAGAGGAGCUGAUCAAGCGACGCUUCGUUCGGCAAACCCUCCUCCGAACCCUCAACUCCCCCGUCGCCAACCAAGCCCUCCUGUUGGAGCUCCUCGACCUCUUCUCGGUCUCCCUCUUUCCCCAGAUCAUCGAGCCUACCCCUCCUUCUCCUCCUCCUCCUUCUUCUUCCUCCCCCGCUUCGCCUGCUUCUUCUUCUCCUCCUCCGAUUAUUCAUUAG